AUGCAAACCCCGCGAGUUGUCGUGUCGGUGUUGGCACCAAAUGCAUCACACCUUUCGAACAUUCCAAUUAAUAUUGUUUCCCAAAUGUCUUUCGAGUUCACAACUCUUAAAAAUCGCGAGGAUUUAUUACAAAGUAGCGUGAAAUUAUUGAAUGAGGAGUGGCCGCGAAGCGAUGGCUCACGUGAGCAUUCGCAAAAAAAAUCGUGUCGUCACGAGCCGCCGAUGUCGUUCGUUUUGGUGUGCAAAAAAUCCGAUGAGCUCGUCGGACAUGCUCGAAUCUGCCGUCUGCCAAACAACCCAGCGGGAUUAUGGAUCGAGUCGGUGCUUAUCCGCAAAGAUUUACGCGGAAUUGGUCUCGGCCGAUUUUUAAUGGAGAAAAUUGAAGAAUGGAUGGCCCAAAAUGGAUUCGAUGAGGCAUAUCUCUCAACGGACGAUCAAGUCGAAUUCUACAGAAGGUGCGGUUAUUCGGAAUGCGAUCCGAUUCUCCAUUCGACCACUGCCACCUCCGUCUUCCCACCAAUCUUCUGUAAUGCGCAACCAACACCACCAAGGACCACCUCCUCCAUUGCAAAUGUCUCAAAUGGUGCAGCUCCACUACCGCCGCCACCCCCACCACCAACAACAACAAAAAAAUCGUCAAUAUCAACGACGGACCAUCAAUACAUGUCAAAACGCAUAAAGCAAUGA